UGACGGAGCUUGCGCGGAUUCUACGUACGUAUUCUACGUAGCGGUUGGAGUGGGAGGUAAUAAAGAUCCUGUCACUGUCAACACUGCCAAGAAAAGACAUUUUCCUUCUACAGUAUUAGUGAACUAUUAACCGAUAACACGAGCUAGCUGCUGCCGGGACGGGCACACGCUGACAGGCUGCCGUGACUGUUAGCUUCCAGCGGCUGUCGCUGACAGGCGGUUAUCCACACACAGUAGCAGAUGAGAGAAGCAAUGCCUGAAAAACAUGUCUCACAAAGAAGAUAAUGAAGGGAAAACGAGCUCUCACCGCACCGAGUUGUACACAAACAUCCCUCAAACAUGUAUGCCCAUUGUGUACCACCCAGACUACAACAUCACCUUCAUGGGCCUGGAAAAGCUCCAUCCAUUUGAUGCAGGGAAGUGGGGCAAAGUCAUUCACUUCUUGAAAGAGGAGGAGUUCAUCACUGAUGGGAGCAUCGUGGAAGCCCGUGAAGCUACUGAAGAGGAUCUGCUGGUGGUUCACACCAAACGCUACCUCAACAGAUUAAAGUGGUCUCUGGUGGUGGCAACAAUCACAGAAAUCCCACCUCUCCUGUUUCUGCCUAAUUUCCUGGUGCAGCGGAAGGUGUUGAGGCCUUUGCGGACACAGACUGGAGGAACAAUAAUGGCAGGAAAACUAGCUGUUGACAGAGGAUGGGCUAUAAAUGUAGGAGGAGGUUUUCACCACUGCUCCGGCGACAGGGGAGGGGGCUUUUGUGCUUACGCUGACAUCACUCUGGCCAUCAAGUUUCUGUUUGAGAGAGUGGAAGGCAUCUCCAGAGCUACCAUCAUUGAUCUGGACGCUCAUCAGGGAAAUGGACACGAGCGUGACUUUUUGGAUGACAGGCGAGUGUUCAUCAUGGAUAUGUACAAUCGCUACAUCUAUCCCGGGGAUGGAUAUGCCAAAAGAGCCAUAAAGAGGAAGGUGGAGCUGGACUGGGGCACUGAAGACUCGGAGUACCUUCAGAAGGUAGAGCUCCACUCUGAGGGAGCGCUGAACGAGGUCCGACCUGACAUCAUCAUCUACAACGCAGGGACAGACAUCUUGGAUGGAGACCCCCUGGGAGGACUCUCCAUAUCACCACAGGGCAUCGUAAAGAGAGAUGAGAUCGUGUUCAGGGCUGCGAGGCAACGGGGCGUCCCCAUACUCAUGGUGACGUCCGGGGGAUACCAGAAGAAAACAGCUCGUAUCAUCGCCGACUCCAUCCUCAAUUUGCACCGGCAGGGCCUGAUUGGAGGAGAAGCUCUGGAGGGGGAGGGGUCAUCAUCACUGGUAACCAGCAUGAUGUGCCCCUCUGGCUCCGCUGGGUCAAAAUUCACCGCCGUCUGAGGCGCAUUAAACACUCACAGGUGGUCUGCAGCUGUGACAUUUAAAGGCACUUGAGUAACUUUAUAUUGUACAGUGAGUGUGACAGCAUUGUAAAGUUAAUGCUCUCACACAGAAAUGAAAAUUUAGAACAGGGGAGGGGUACCCAUUGCUUCUUUGCACAUAUACAACAAAAGAGGGAGAAAGGUUUUUUAAUGUAUUAAAUUAUACAUUUAUACAUUAUUAUAAUGUAUAUUUUAUUUUUAUGUAGAAGCUGGCAGUUACUUAAAGGGAAUAAUUGUUCUGAAACAAUAGGCUACAUCAGAUUUCGGUCACAUGCCACAAAAAGAGCUGUUCAGUGUUUCAUCAGUUGGAGAACGAUGGGUUUUAUGUUUAAUGUAUGUUCGGAGCAGCGUUUUGAAGAGGUAUUCUUUCAUCUCAGGAAAUGUAAAAAUGUCAUUUGAAAGAGACACAUGAAUAGUUGAUGAAACGAUAGAGAGGUUUGUGUUCUUCAGUGUUCGGUGAGAGGGUGAAACCUGAUGUGAAACCUGAUGUCUGCUUCAUUCCUCGUUAGCAUUUUCUUUCAUUCCUAGUUUAAAUUGGUGUUUUUUCUCGAGAUAAUAUUGUCAUCCUUACAGAGUUAAUGGGUUUUCAUUAAUCAAGCUCAGCUACUGAUGAGUCAUAGUACUUAAAUCCACUAAAUCCCUGCAGUUAAUGUUUACACAGAGCCUGAUAUGUUUUUUACUGUGGGUACAGUGUUUGUUUGUGUUUGAACAAAUUUGAAAUGCUAAAACAUGUGACUAUGAGCACUUUAGUGUGUGUGUGUGAAUGUGUGUGCAUGUGUGUGCAUGUGUGUGUGUGUGUGUGUGUGUGUGUGUGUGUGUGUGUGUGUGUGUGUGUGUGUGUGUGUGUGUGUGUGUGUGUGUGUGUGUGUGUGUGUGUGUGUGUGUGUGUGUGUGUUAAAAGCGCAGCAACAUUCCCAAACACGUAAAAAUCAAUGUUUGCGUUGCAGUGUGUUCCUACGGUCCGCACAUCAAACAGUCCAAACAGUGAAAAAUGUUGAGUGAUUAAUGAGCAGGCCUGUACAGAGGAGCUCCUCAUCAGCGUCACUUCUGAUUGGUUGGCUGCAGUCACACAUACAGAACUCCUCCAAUGAUGUUUACACAUGCAGUAACUGUAAAAUGGAUCUUUGGCUCAAUAUGAUUAAUGUAGCAGCUGGAACAUUGACACUAAACACACACAGAUUACUAACUUGUGUGUAAUGUUGAAUAAACAAAUUUAGCUUCAAUUUCUGCCUAAAACAUUUGAAACAUGUCAGUGCAUUGUCUCUUCACUGUCGCUUCAGGCUAAUGUAAAGCUCCCUGCAUGUUGGUGGCUCCAGAUUAAAAGGAGAAAUACCGUUUGAAAGGAUUUUUCUGCUGGAAGAAUGAUGUUGUUUAACCGAGUCAAUUGUUGAGAUGUGUGGACGCGGUGAUUAAGGAUGUAACAAUUCUAGAUUUAGAUGGUACGAUGAGGAAAUCACUGAUUUCAUGAUAGGAUUGCUUAAAUUUAUUUCACUACAGAUGUAUGAAAUCACAUGAACUUUGAUUUCCACGCUUUUAGUAAAAAUGAGAUUCAUCUCUUGUGCAGGUGUUCUGUCUUCGAGUGAGUCACAUGCUGUUUUAGUGAGCGUUACAUACAAUGCUACAUUGCCAUUGGCUUAAGAUGCGCAGUCCUACAGGGAAAGAAACACAAGCGCUCAUGAUCAGACUUAAAGAAACCAGAUCAGACCUCUGAAUCACUGCCUACAAUGUGACAGUGAUCAGUGAUAAUAGGUCUGCUGCUGAGCCCACUGACACCUGUUCCCCUCAGCUGAAAGAAAGCAUCAGCCUAUCAGGGUUCAUAAGUGAGAUUUAGAAUGUAGAUCACAUCUUUCUGUAGAGCUAGUUAGAUAAAAGUGCCAAAGGUCUCACCUGGUUAGGGCAGAGAAAAAUCAGGUAACAUGAACAGCAUGUCAGGCUGAAUGAUUGAAAUGAAACAAGACGGCAGUUGAGUGUGAUUAGCAGGCUCAAACAAAGCCGCAGGUUAUUCUUGAAAGAGAAAAUAAAGAAUUGAUGUUUAUAGUGCAUAAAAAAGGAUGCUUCCAUCACAGUUUGGACUCCAAAUAAAGUGCCAACAACCUGUCUGAUAGUCCGACUGCUGGAGUUCCUUCUCUUCAUCCAACUUCAUCACCACGUGUCUAAAUCUCAGCAGUUACUGCGGUGAAUACUGUACAAAGUUAUCAUGUUAGAAAUGACAGAUCCUCCAUCUGAUACUCGAUUGAGUUUUUAUUGGCCAUUUCUUGCUUCAGUAACUUUCGAUUCUUCACCAGGUGAAUUCACGUCAGUUUGAAUUUACCCAAGAAUUUAAUGUUUUGCAAGACAAUCUCGGAACCCAUCAGCUGUCAUCUGAGAACGAGUCAGCCUCUGAGGGCAACAGCUGAUAUUUCAGGGCUUCCGGUGCAACCAGUCGAUAUCUGGACUUCUUCUGAUAUAGUCUGAUAUAUGAGAAAGACAUUUCUGCUGAUCUCUGUGAACAGAUAUCUGCACAUGAGUUAACUACUAACUAACUGAUGGGUUCCAAGAUUGUAUUUCAGCCAAUCUCUUCUCCCUCUUUUGUCAAUACUACUCAGUCUACAAAUGGAAACGCUUCCCGUGUCAAAAUAUUUGUCACUCACAUGCAGAUAUCUGCUAAUAGAGAUUAUUUAAAAGAAGACAACUCUCUGUCUAUGCCAGUCACUGACAAUACUUCAAAAACUUGUCCAACAUAGCUUAAGCCAUGCUAAAUGACAUAGGCAGUGUCCUGAAAGAGCAUAGUAGAUGGAAGUGGAUGGAUAUUUGCACACACACACACGUUCAUACGUGAGAAUUUCACAGUCCUGAACACCAAGACACGUACGUCUGGCCUGUGAGUAAUUUGUGUUCAAAAAGCUCAGGGAAAAGAGCGACACAAUGCUGUUGACCAAUUAGAAGAGAUGCUAAUGUGAAUGUGGCCGGAUAGUUGAAAUAAUAAGCCACAUCCUCUGUGGACUGUGCCUGCGCGUGCACUCGAUGUGUUUUGCAGCUGAGUGGAUCUGAAGUGGCAGCUGGCAGGUGCUGCUGUAAUGAUUUUCUAAUGUAUUUUCACAUUCAGUAUUUGGCUACUCUGGCUAAAGUCUACUGUUUAAAAAAAAAAAUAAAGUUUCCAAAGUUCUGGACUCCAGGCUCAUGAUCAUUUAAAGGAUUAAGAGGCCGAUCUUUGCACAGCAUGGAAAGCUGUGUUCGGGUGCUUAUCCAGGAAGCUGUUUGGACACAUUCAUAAUGAAACUGAAAGGCAGCCUGUAUUAGCAGUGUCGGUGCUAAUUAGCUAAAGCCUUUGAUCUGCUGUGCUGCUUCUGAAUGCGGCUGAAAGGUUUAGUGCAGUCUACCUUUAAUCAGGACUCCGAAUAUAUCACUUAUUGUGUGCAGGCCUGCCCUUAAUACCUGAUGCGAUCUCAGAUUCCAGCUCAUCAGCUCCUCUCUCUGUCGGCCAGCAUGUUAGUCAUUUGAGUUGAUUGGAUUGUUGUGUGCCAAAAAUAAUGGUGAAGUCUUCAAAGCUGUAAUGUAUGUAUGUAACUACUACUAUGCAUUCAUAAUGAUACUGAAUAAAACCAUAAC